AUGUACGCUAUCUGGAAUAAUCGUUUUUCGGCUGUCGCAAAUGAGCUUGAUCCAGGCCAUUUGAAAGAGGUACAGUUAAACUGUACUGAAUAUAUUCAACUGUCUCGAGAGCCCUUGGUGGUGGUGUCUGAAUAUGCCGAGAACGAUUCCCAGACUUACUGGGAGGAAGUAAUUGAAGAAUGUAAUUUGGAAAAUAAGAAAGCACCAACUACGGCAACCAACGGCGGCGAAGCAACAACCAACGACGAGGCAGCACUAACGGCAAACGUACGAUACGACCUUCGUCACCGAAGCAUUGUCGUGCGUUUUGUUCGUGAAUGCACCGCCGCUACGGCUACCGUGGCAGUGGCAGAAGUUCAGUGCAUUGAACGCGUAAGACAACUGUGA